AGUCGAAUCAAUUGUGAGUGCACACUGCUGCUAGUUCACCGGCAGCGGAAAAAAAUUUUCACUGCAUUAAAAAAUGAACUGCAUUUGUUCUUGGGAAGGUGCUCAAUCCAUCUUCUCCACCGCCAAAUUUUGCUGAAUAAAUUCCGGCCAACUACACUCACUCCGCCGAGCCAGUCCCAGUUCCGGAGUUGCAAUUACUACCCCUUGCAACCACGAGCGACCACCGCAGCCUGGAAGUAGAAUCAAGUACUUACUUACUUCACCUCCUUCAAAAUGGCUUCGGCCAACAUUGCCGCCGCGCCGCAUUACAAAGUGACUCCAACGGCGGUCACCCGACUCGUACCGCCAAAUGUGGAGGAUUCGCUGGACUACGACCAGUCGUACGAUCAAGACCACGACUACAAUGACUACGACGAGUACAACAGCGACGAGGAUUUUUACGGCGCCGCACAACCGCAGCAACCCAGCUCCGCCAACAAGCAGCCCCGACGACCGGCCACCGCCCCGGUCGGACCGCGGAACACCGCCGCCGCGGCCCGCGGCAGACCCACAACGAGAAAGGUGAAUUUGGUGAGCAGUAAGGAAGACGCAACUGGUUCCAGGGACGACGAGGUGUUCCAGUUCCUGAAAAAGCGCCGGAGACUGCCGCACCGACUGCGAUCGCCCGACCGCGCCGAGGCGGAAGCGAAAGACUUCAAGCGGCUGCACGAGACCUACGAGGACCGGGUGCUGCGGUGGGGCUCGCGCGACCCGGGGCCCAACGUCUCCAAGUGGGAACGGAAAUUGCUCGCGGGGCUGGAGAAGUUGGAAAACCACACGACCCGGCCGCGCGGCGUCGCGGAGAUUCGCCAGGUAAUCAGCGUUUUCCCGGAGCACAGCGUGCUGAAGUUUCAGCACCUGGCGUUCAACCAGCGGAAGCCCAUGAGCAACCACCACGCGAAGCGCGAGCUGCUUUUCCUCCUACCGGAACUGACGAAGCGGGGGUCGUUCCCGUUUUUCAAGCUGCGAGCGGGCUUGUCGUUCGUGUUAAACCACUUGAAGGACGAGCAGUUUUGCCCGGCGGUCAGCCGCUGCGUCGUGGAAACCUACAAGGCACUGGUCAGCACUGGCGCUGGGGUUGGGAAUCCGAAUUCCAGUGCCUUCAACGACUCGCAGUACGACCUUUCGUCGAACAAGGACCAAACAACCGGGGUUGGCGAGCCAGAUGCCACUUUUCAGCUCUUCACGAAUUUCCUUCUGGACCGAGCGAUGCGCCGAAAGAACGGCCGGAGUCUGCAGGAAAGGAAGGGCUGCCUGCUAUCCCGUGUAAAAACAUCCCCACCCCAGAGUUGUCAUGCAAUUCUGCAUGCCAAAAAAGUUUCUCAUGAUGAUGAUGAUGAUGAUGAUGCGGAGCCCUAUCAGAAGCAUUUUCUAGUCGUGUUUCGAAAUUUGUAAUGGUAGGGCCAGCAUGCUAUGAUAGAUCUGUGAUGCUGCUGACCUACCUAAAACAGGACUACACUACGAGGACAAACCUGUCAUGCCAACAAACAACCAAAGCGGGUUGAUUUGUCUAGCAGAUGACUCUGGUGUGGGGACGUUUUUAAUCAGGAUUCCUGCUCGUGCUGCAGCAGUUGCUGGUGGAGUACGGCAUUGAGGCGUUUUUGGACCUGAACAAGGUGCUCCAACUUCUCAAAUCCGCGCACGACUUGCACGAACCCAUCCUGACCGUUCUGUCCCAGUUGCUCGAAAGGAAGCCGGGGGAAUUCACGAGCUCGCAAUUAACGUUGAUAAUCGCGGUUCUAGUGAAGCAUCUGUCCGGCCCGAGCGCGAAGCCGGAUUUUGUUGCGGGGAAGGGCGGGACGCAAAGGGGAAGCAGAGAUGUGGUGGAGGUAUAGACAUUUAUGAACAUGGUACUGGUGCGCUCCAUGAAUGUGAAAUUCAGUUGUCAUUUGGUAGAUACACGUCGCCCGGUCUCUGAAACCUAGGUGAAAUAAAUGUAGACUACAGUGAUCAUCGCUAUGUAAAAUUGAUUCAAGCAUCGUAAUCGUCUGUAUGAGAUAAAAGUGAAACAACAAUAUCCAGAACGACCCUGCGACCUCUCUUCCCGAGGAAUUUUGGCUGACCAAGGACCUCGCCGUCAUCUGUUCCGCGCUCCUCGGCCAGAUCGGGCGGUACGUGCUGAAGAAUUUCGGGAACCUAUCCUAAGCGAAAACGUGCCCACCCCAGUGGUAUAGUCAAGUUGGGAAUCUAGCAACACAAAUCUCCAAGUUUUGGGAGCGGUGCAUGACAAGUUUCCCUCUGCAGUGUAGUUCUGAUUGGCAAGAGAAGCCGCAUGAGAAAGGCAUUUUCGCAUCGUGUUUGCAGCAUUACAAAUUCCUUUCAUGGAGCUGCGCAUUACAAAUGUUCCUGCCAUGGCGCGUUUGCAUGACAACUCUGGCGUCUGCGGCCUGGGGCAGAGGGGGGGCAAAGUGUGCUGCAAUUCCUUUAGCAUGACAACUCUAGCGCGGGGGCGUUUUUGCUGAGGAUAGAACCAACAGCCCCACUUGGUAGACAAGCACCGGUCGCUCGUACUGGGCACGCUGGCGGAGGAAAACCUCGACCUCUGGCGCCUGGCCGCGGGCAGGUCGGGCGCCAACUUGCGGAAAUCCCUGAAGUUUUGCCAGGAGGUGUGGCAAAAACCCGCUAGCGCAACCUCCGUCCCCUCCGCGCCCAUGCGGAACUCGGUCCGGAAAGACGCGCAGUUUUCCAAGAAGGGGCUGGUGCAAAGUUUGGUCGACGGGUUGCUGGAAUCCAGCAAGGCGGCAGCUUUCAAGGACUAUCAACAUCUGGGAACAGCGACGUCCAGUGGCAAUAGAAACGGCGGGACUAGUGUAUCAAAAAAUUAUGUCAACAUGGAUGCCGCCACUGCUGCGAAAAGUCUAUUGCCGAACCCGGAUGAGAACCUGCCGAGUCUGUCGCCGGAAGACGACGAGGAGGACGAUUUUCAGAACAGUUACAACGGCCCCGAAGAAGUCAUCGACAACAGCGCAACCAGCAGCCGAAAGGCCAGCAACAGCUAUUCCGGACAACGGAAUAUUAAUUCCUCCUCAAGUCAUCUGCAACCGCCGCAGCCGCCCGGCGGGGUAGUGGUUACGUCGGACCAAGGUGCAGUACUAUUGCAGCGGGAGGAAAACGUAUCACAGGAAAAAGUGUAGUUAGAGUUACACAUGUGUUGCAAUUUCAGCAUCACAAAGUUGCUCUGCAUAGCAAAAGACUACAAGGGAAAAUGCGAAUGAACAGCGGCUGGAAAGCAUUUCCUGCAUGACAAAGGUUGUCUGUCUUGCUGGUCUUGCAUCAGAGUGUGUAACUGUAACACUUUUUUCUUCGCAUAAAACCUCGGGCCGCACAGCAUCCCGCUCGACGAAAUCGCGCACGAGCUGGUGAUACCAAAUGCAAAUAUGUCUGGGUCUGGAAGAUUGCUAGCUUUGUCAUGCAGAUUGUCUAGGACCCGUGAGGUCUGGAAUGCAGGACCUAGCAUGACAGAUUCUUUGAGAUCUCUAUCAUGCCGGUCCUCCAUGAGAAAGAACUCCCUCUCAACUUGGUCAAAAGUGGACAACUUUUGGUAGUCACGCAACACAGAUUUUUGCAUGAUUCAGACUUAGCAUGACAAGUUACACUCUUCCAGGCCCAGACAUGUUUGCAAUUCAUAGGUGAAUCGCAGCGUCAGCCGAGCCGCCAGCCGCGAGUCGGGGAGCAAGCGGACCGCUUCGAACAGCUAUUCGAAGCUGGACCACGCGGUUUUGGCAGGAGGAACUACGAACAACGCCUCGUCGAGCCAUAUGGCCCGCUCAGGUGUUACGAUCUCAAUUGUUGCAAUAGAGUCUGGAAUUUGUCUUGCAUGAACAGCACCAGUACCAUACAAACACUUGGCGUUUUCGCAAUACACAUUUCGCCACAUAAUUCUCAUGGGGUGUGGAGUUCCGAAACUAACUUGUCAUGCGCGAUCCUGUGGGAGUAGGCCAGAUGUUACGCAUUUGUGCAACACAAAUUCCAGAUUCUAUUGUAGCGCUUGAGAUUCUUGUAACACCUGAGCACGUUAUAAGCCACCGCGGAAGCUUUUCGUCCAGAGGAACGGGGUAUCAAAUGUAAAAAUGUCUGGGUCUGGAAGAUUCUGAGAUUUGUCAUGCAUGUUUUGCAUGACCCAGGAUGUCUGUAAUGCACGACCGCGCAUCACAGAUUUUGUGCUGGCUUCCUGAUGCCUACUCAGCAUGACAAACGCCCUCCCCGCGUAGUACAAACUAGACUCCUCUUGCUGGUCAUGCAAUACAGAUUUUUCUAGAGUCCAAAGUUAGCAUCACAUGUUGCAUUCUUCCAGACCCAGACAUUUUUACAUUUGAUACGGGGUCCGGGGGCGGUGUUGUCACAGGGUCGGACGCGGAGGGAAGCAAGGUAUAAGUGUACUACAACCGGAGUGGUUGUUCUCAUGAUGUUGAGGUUGACGCAGUUGUAGUAGACACGUUUUAUCUGUAAGUAAACGACUUGGGCGCAGCUACUCUCCUUCUUGCUCGGACAAGUUGCCACUUUUGUUUAUCCAGAGUUCGUUCUUGUUCCUGUUGUAUUUCGUUGGUAAAGUCGAAUCUAUGAGAAUGCAACACGGUAAGCAACGUGUUCUUUCACAUACUGACAACGAAAGGUGCUCCAGCGGGCGGUGAGCGGAUCUUCCUGCGCAACCGUCGAGCGGCCAGUAGAAGGUUCGUUUCAACAAGAAAACCAGUUUGUGCACAAGGCGUUCAAUAACAAUCAAGAAUUUGACCAGCCGCGGGUGAUCGGGAGCAACAGCUUCGAAAAAAACGCCAACGACUUCGAUGAAGACCAGCAGUUGUUCUCCCGAAUCCGCGUGAAAAGCACCAACAUUGGGCGGGCGGGACAACUCCCCGUCAACGAGUCGGAAAUACGGAAUAGCAGCAACAAAGGACCACAUCAUAUACCGGCAGCACAAGAAGGGGUCAACAGCCGCAGUGGCACAAAGCUGAAUCUUUCUUCCUCCGCUAACAGUACGGAGCUGCACUAUGGAAGCGCGAACUGCGACCCAGAAAGUCUGCUGGACUACGAAAUCAGAACCCACCUGAACGCGGAGAAUGUGGUGAUGCGUGGCGCAGGAGGUGCUGGGAGAAGUAAUUUAUUGCAACGCGAUGAUCUACUCGAUCAGCGCAACAUCGAGGCUGACGACCAUUCUGAAUCCAAUUCCUCCUCCGCGCAAGAGCAAGUAGACGACAACCAGGAGACGGCAGCGCGACGGAGAUCCCUCCUUCUCCGCCAGGAGGCGAACCCGCUGCUGUUGGCCACCUCCCAGAGACAAAACAGCCACACCCGGGGGCCAACAACUACGUCUGCAAGGUUAGUCACCUCCCCUCCGCGGUUGGGCGACCCCAGCUCGCCGCAGCAUCACCCCAGGAACAGCUACUCGUUCAACAAUGUGAACAGCAACAGCCGGAGGUCCAGUUUGGGCGGAAGUUUUAGCAGCGUGCUCACCCGGGAACAAGGCGGACGAACUUCUACUCGUGCUGCUGGCAGGAACUACAACUAUGAAGAUCAGGAAGCAAACGCCUUUUUUGACAUGUACGAGCCGCAGGAUGUGGAGAUGUCGCAAGCUGCACAACAAGGCUAUCAUGAUGGUCACCCUGCAAGAACCAGUUCUUCGCCACAGAAGGGGAUGAAGCAGCAUCCGCAGAGAGGAUCACAUCACCUUUCAGGGAACAAGAACUAUGAUCCGCAGCACCAGCACCAGCCCGUGGUCCUCGACAAGUGUGUCUCCCAGGCGCUGGAAUUGAUUCAGCACGAGGGGGAUGUCAACACGGGGUUCGCGAAGGUGUUUGCCAACGGGAACGAACAGAGCCUGCGGCAACUGCUGCACAGGUUGACGAAAAUCAGUCACAACAUCUCCGCAACACUGGACCAGAAACACGCAAGCUAUUUGUUCCAACUACUUUCGGCACUUUUGCCGAAGGAUUUCAAGCAGCGAAACAGAAAUGAGCCGAAUACUAUCGGAGGAAAACGACAAAAACACUGCUUCGCUGUAUUGAAACUUGUGACGUAAGACAGGAGCAGGACGCAAGAACACAGAAUGAUGUUCUUUUCUUGCUACUUAGAAAUGUAAGGCAAGGGAGCCAUCGUGUCAUAAUUUUUCCUCCUAGGAAAAAAUGCGCCUUCUAUGCCGUGGGAAAUUUUCUUUGUCAUGUCGAGUAAGCUAGCAACAAUUAUUUGCGAUUUGCAUUUUAAUUGUUGUGCUUGUGGCAAUGAAUUGCAAAAUCGUCUCUAAAUAAAUUUCGAUUGAAGCUAGUGCAUAAUUUUUUUCGCACGAUACACAGUUACGCGAAUCUGCUGAACACUCUCCAGUGGAUGAAGGCAAUGGUAACCAGCAAAACUUCGGUUUUGCAACAGAUCCAGAGCAGCAGCAUCACCAAGCUGCAGCAGCUGCUGUUUCAAGCCACAGAAACCGGCGACUCGUUUGCGGGGCUAGUCGGGGGGAAGAAUGAGCUGGCAAAACACUGCGCGCAGCUGUACGCCAUGCUUGAAAGGGGAAAGUUUGGAUAGAAGUAGGCGGAACGUGGUCGUCGACUACAACGUCGAAGCAGAAGUGUUCACUGGUCGUGGUUGCGCUGUGAAGGUGGUGUGCUAGUUCUGGUGUUACCUUCUCUACUGCUAUGAACACUGAUACCGCGACGUACAGGGACAGCUGCUUUUCUGUAUUCCAGAAGAGUGAUACUAUCAGUUUAGGUUAUUUGUAAGAUCAUCUUCGUGGCAGCGGUUAAAUGGUGCGGGAGGGGAGCAGAUGUUGAACAGGAUCUGAAAUGCAAAAUCAAUGAAAAGGUACAGGUUUAAAAAAAUAAAGAUGAACGACCACGACUGUUGAAUUUG